AUGGAUUGCAAAGUGGUUGUAUACUAUGCUCCCGAUUACUACAAAGCCACGAACAUGCACGAGUUUCACAUACUAACCGUUGGUGACGAGUCGUGGAGAGUCGUGGAGUUUGAUGAGCACAAGUUGUCGAAACUUGGCUCUGUUUUUAUUACCGAAGGUUUUAUGCAUUGGAGCUUGAAUGAGGACAAAGUAUUGACUUUGAAUUUGGAAACGGAGGCCUUCACGGAGAGCUCCGGGCCCGGCUACACGAGAGGGGACGUUGUUAAGAAUACUUAUUUGUCGACCGGAAGGUGUUUAUCGUUAUUGCGCGAGUGUGGGGAGCUCUCGUGGGAAGUUUGGGAGAUGUGUCGGGACACAUUCGAGUGGAGAAAGUCGGGAGAGUUUUCCUUGGAGGGUCACAAGAGCGAAUUCGAAUCUACACGAUGCAAUGUCGGUAUAACUCCGGUCGGGUGGGUUAAGUACUUGGAGGCGUUGAUCCUUUGUGUGAUAUGUGCGGGAAGGAGAUUCUAA